UGCUGAGACACUCGCUACAGGGUGGUCCAAGAAGCAGUGGGUUUGUGACCGUUGACGGAAGUGAUCGCGUGGAAGUCUGUGGAUGGUGUGAACUGUGGGGAUUUUGAAGAUAUCCGCGGCUGUGUGAAGGGUCGUGAUCGAUUGCGACACUGCACCGUUGCGAAUGAAGUGGGUCUGAGGUAAUUCAGAGGACGGUUAGCCGUUUUGGAGGGGACGAGAGACGUGGAACACUUAUUCACGCAGCGCGCCUUUAUUAGAGGACAGAUCGGGCUCUCCACUGGCGCCAUGCGUCGCUCGGCGGCGCCAUCUCUCCCCCGCCUGCCGGACAGACUGGUCCGCGGACCGGCCGGUCCACCCUGCAGGACCACCGGCCCCUGCAGACCGACCACCGGUCCCUGUGGACGGACCACCGGCCCCUACCGCCGGACCCCGUCGCUCACACGGGCCGUGCUGCUGGCCGUGCCGGCCGUGCUGGCCGUGCUGUUGGCCGUGCCCGCCGUCUGCCGGGCUGACACGGAGGUGGGCGGCGUGUACUCGAGCGCUGUCCACUGGGACCGGGCCCGCGGCCCCUACCUAGCCAGCUCUGAUGUGCUGAUCCUGGCUGGUGGCUCAGUGAGCAUUGAUGCCGGUGUGACUGUCCGAUUCGUUCCCGGAACGGGGGUCACAGUCAGAGGAGGACGACUCAUUGCUGCGGGCGGCAGCCGGGAUCGGAUUGUUCUGACCACGGCCGAGCCGUCCGUCGGUCCCCUGCCGCACCCCUCCCUGCGACUGGUGGACGGGCCGACACCGUGGGAGGGCCGGGUGCAGAUCUUCCACCGACACCACUGGCGAUCCGUCUGCACCAACUCCAGAAACUGGACGGAGGCGGACCGGGGGGUGGCCUGCUCGCAGCUGGGCUUCUCUGGUGGCGAGUACGCCGACUGGUACCCGUGGCUGAACGGUACCCGCCGCCUGCUGUACCCCAAACCGGACUGUACCGGGGCAGAGAGCCGCCUGCAGGACUGCAACUGGCAGUACCGCGCCAUGGGAGCCGGCGUCUGUGACGAGCACGCCGACCUGGCCAUCCGCUGUGACCCCGUGUUGGGGGCCAGCCGGCCUCUGACCCACUGGCGUGGACUGAGGUUCGAGCACGCCUCCUACGUCAAAAUGCUCACCGCCGGAGACACCCUCUACGAGAAGUUCUCAAAUUCGAAGCUCUACCAUGUGGAUGUGCUGCACGCCGGCAUGGGACCCAAUAAGGAGGCUCAGGCGGCCAUUGAGAGUGUGGGCGUGCCUCCUCGGAUGUACUCCCUGACGGUGAGGGACUCGGUCUCUGGCGGCAUUAACGUCACCCAGCCCGACUCGCUGGUGGCCAUCAACAACUGCACCGUCAGCGACAACGCUGGCAUCGGCAUGUACUUCAACACGUCCACGGGACUGGUGCACGUGCACGACUGUCACGUGCACGGUAACGGCGCCGACGGCCUGAAGUUGGUGCAGCACGAGCUGCAGAUCCCGCGCCGGGAGGUGGACGGCGCGCCAGUCUCGGAUUUCUGCAGCUCGGGCACCACGCUGGAGUCGGUGUACCCCAUCGUCACGGCGGCUCAACAGUACCGCACCAGCUACCUCUCCAAACGGUGUCAGAAGACAUUCCGCUGCCGGCCCGGCCUGGUGAUGACGGUCAACUUCCUCUACCUGGCCAAUGACAUCGACGACUCUGCCACGCUGAGCUUCUACGACGGCACCGCCGUGACCUCGCCGCUGCUGGGCACCUUCCAGAUCCGUAACGGCACCCGACCUCAGAGCGUGGUAACCACGAGGAACAAUCUGUUGGUGACGUUCAGCGCCCGGAACGAGACGCAGACCGAGGUCCUGAUGGCCAUCACCGCCGGCGACGGAAAGGCGCACGAUCUGAACGUCUCCAGUUCAAUCAUCGCCAACAACAACGGGCGUGGCAUCGCCAUCGAGAACAUCCGCUCUUUGGUGCACAUCCACCGCACGAUCGUGGCCAACAACUCGCACGUGGCCGGCGUGCACGUGCUGGGAGGCGCCGGUGACGUCAACAUCACGUGGUCGCACAUCAGCGGAAACCUGGGCGAUGGAGUGAACGUAACGUACGCGGGCGGAAACCAGAACAUCUCGUGGUGCGACAUCCGCGCCAACUCGGGACGCGGUGUGUCUGUCUGGUUCAACGAGACCCGCGAGCGGGUGGCGUUCGCUCAGGAGCUGGUCGUGUCGUACUCGAAUAUCUCUGCCAAUCUGCAGCAGGGCCUGUUUGUCGGUAACUACUGCCGCUCUGCCUUCGUCAACAUCAGCGGAAACGUGUUCUGGAAUGGGAAGGGGGACGCUGUAGAUAUCUGGUCCUGCUGGAAUGAGACCUACGAUCCGUUGAAGCUUCAGGUCGGUCACAACCGCUUCAUUGCCAACGAGAAGCUUGCCAUCAACAUGGCACCGGUCGCUAACAUGGUCGGGACUAUCGAACAUAACUUCUUCUUUGAGCAGCGGAAGGCCACGAUGCGUAUUUUUAGCGGAGACACACCGGAUGUGGAACUUCUCCCAGUGCGACUGAAAAUAUCCGACAACUACUUUGAAAGGAAUCGCGGAAUAUACGUCGUCAGCAUUGGAGCAUCUCAGUUUGUUCGUUCAUCUCGACAGAACAUUCUCUUCACUCGUAACUUCCUGCUGCGAAAUACUGUAGCCGAGCCUUUCCCGAGCCUGAACCCACGUAACCGUGUGUCCGCAGUCGUCACCGUUUCGUCGGCCACAGCGAUCGUCUAUCGAAACAUCCUGCAGAACCCGGGCUCUCGCUACGAGCUCGGUGUUCACUUCGAGGAUCAGAGCUCCAACGCCAACGCCUCCCACAACUGGUUUGGCUACAAACGCUCCACAGAUGUGUACGACCGCAUCUUUGACCGCAAGGACCGCUACAACUUGGCCAGGGCGGACUUUGAGCCAUUCUUGCUGAGCGAAAACGAUCCGGACUCGUCUCUGUUGUCUCUGAACGAGCAGUUUGUACCGAGUUUCGGGCCGAACGAGCAGGGAGAGAUCGGAGGCGAGAUCGACGGCCAGGUGGUGCUGCCUGAGGGCACUCUGAAGGUCACCCGGGACAUCUUCGUCCGUCCCACAGGACGACUGACCAUAGCGUUCGGUGUUCGCCUGCUCUUCCCACAUAGCGUCGGUAUGAUGGUGGCUGGGCACCUCCACGCUGAAGGCUCUUCACUGGCAGAUGAGAAGCGCAUCACCUUCGGCCUGCAGGAGCGCGGCAUCCGCAGUAACGUCAGCCUGGCGCCAGUUCGGCUGGUCGGCGGCAAGACGGAUCGUGAGGGACGACUCCAGGUGCUGAUCGGUAACGAGUGGGGCACGGUGUGUAACCACGGCUGGAGCCGCCUGCCGGCCUCGCUGGCCUGCCAGCAGCUCGGCUGGGUGCUCAACCCCGCCGACUGGACCGUCGAUCCGCACGACCUGCCGCCCGACGACAACCUCGACACCCGAGUCCUCAUGAGUUCGGUCCAGUGCUCCCCGACGGACACGGACCUGACCCGGUGUCAGUUUGAGGGCUCCGAAGAUAUCGAGAACACCUGCUCCCACCAGCGUGAUGUCACUCUCCGCUGCUAUGACGUCACGUGGGCGGGCGUUCGGUUCGGAGUGCCCUCGAAGAAGAAUAUCCUGAAGAAUGUUCAGAUGGAGAGGGCGGGACUGGUAGAUUAUUCCACCUACACAUUCGGGCCCGCGCUCCGGCUGGACUUCAACCACCACGUUUUGGAGCAUGUGACGCUGAGUCACAAUGACGGCGACGGACUGGGCAUCAUGUACUCGGACAUCUACAAGAUAGACGACGUCAACCACUUCAAGCACGUCGAGUCUCGCUACAACCGCGGCCACGGGAUCGCGAUGCGAACCGCUUGGCUGGAUAUGACCGAUUGUAGGCUGAUGGGGAACCAGCAGUCGGGUCUGCACUACGAGCCGUCUUUGAGCCGCUCCGAGCAGAGGGAGCUGGUCAGGUGGAUCGCCGAGGCGCCCGAGAGGAAGCUCCUGCUGCCCUCUGCCGACAGCAAUAUCGUGCUGAAGCAGGAUGAGCCGGUCUACCUGAUCACCAUGGGCACAGAGCGGGCCACGGACAAAGUCUUCAAUGUCAGGACUGCUCGUGAAAACGUCAUCGGAAUCCAGGUGUUGAACCCGGGUGCCGAGGAAUCUUCUGAAGACGUGCACGUUUACGACUACUACAAGAUACAGCCCGAUGUCGAGGUGUGGCAGCUGCGGAGGGACUUUUUGGUCUUCCCGGUGAGCUCGUCCAGUUACCAGGUGGUCAUACGCUACCUGGCGCCGGGGAGGACCAGGGGAGGCGCCGUCCUACUGCUCACCGCCGUCAGACGCUCGGACGUGCUCAACGAACGUCCGACCUCUCUGCUACGACGGAUGGUCAUCCCGGGCAGAACGCCCCGCAUCAGACUCUUCAAGUCAGCCGUGGAAAACAACAGACGCGGCAUCUCGGCGCAUUUCUACGACAGGUACCGCGGGGACCUGCACGAGCUGCGUCUUAGACGGUCCAACCAGUCGAUCGAGGUGUACGACUGCACCAUCACCGGUAACCGCGAGCAGGCGGUGCUGCUGCGCUCCCCGCUCCGCGAGGUCACCUCUUCCAACAUCUCCGAGGUCACCGUCAUCGUCAACCGUACCACAAUCGACGGAAACGGAGCCGGCCUCCAGCAGAUCUCCAACAACCUGUGGCUGUCCAACAACCUCUUCCACUGGGUGUUGCACAACAACACCAUCUCCUCCAGUGGACGGGGCGGCGUCGAGCUGAGCCUGCCGUACGUCUGGCAGUACAACGAGAACUUCACCCACUCCAUCUACAUCAGCGACAACGCCUUCAGACACAACUCUGACCUCCGGCUGUCCGUCGGCGGACACUUCUCUCGGGUACAGCUCAGCGGCAACAGCCUCACAGACAACACCGCCGCGGGACCCAUGAUCGCCAUCUCAGGCAUGGAGAAGGAGUUCCUCAUCACCGACAACACCAUCCGCAACAACCGGGCUCCCAUCGUCAUCGAUAUACACUCCGACAGCCAGACAGCCGUCAUCGGGAACGUCAGUGCCGAGGUGACGCGCAACGUCAUCCGCGACAACUCUCCGCCGCUGACGUCAGGCGAGGAGAUGGACCUCGCCAGCUACGUGGUGGCCGUGCGCGGCGUGCAGCCGGUGAACGUGACAGACAACGUGCUGGCCACGAACGGCAUGCGCUACGUGCUGCUGGCCGGCAGUCGGGUGUCCGGCCUAGGUACCGCCAUGGACGCGCGCCGCAACUGGUGGGGUACCCGCGAGCCCGCGGAGAUCCGCCGGCUGGUCGUCGACUUUGACGACCGGGCCGGGUACGUGCCGGUGACUUUCAGUCCGUUCCUGACGCAGAGUUAUGUGGGCGCGCCGCAGCAGCAGGACCGGGGCUCGGACGGCCCGAUGGAUCUGGACCGACUCGGCGGCAGACUCACACAGAACCUGACGCUCAGGAGCCGUCCGGAGCCGUACCUGGUGUGGUCGGACCUAACUGUGAUGCCGACAAGCACACUGCACCUGGAGCCGGGCGUCAUCCUCGAGUUCCACCCGGGAGUAGGGCUUCUGGUGCUGGGAAGACUGAUGGCCAUCGGCAACGAGGAGCGAAGGAUUGUGAUGAGGCCGGUGUCUCUGCGAGGCGAUGGUGAGGGUCGGAAGAGGAGCUUGCCGCCGGGUGUGAGCAGGUUGAGGGCCUCGAGUGAGGUGUUGGAGAAUCGUCGAGGCGAAAGAAAUUCUCGUGACUUGUCACGGAACUCACGAGCUGAAAGAGACACUCGUGAAGUCGCCCUGGGCGAGGCGGAGGAUCAGUACGGCGGUCCGGUGGGCCAGACCGCUCCGGAGUGGCGCAACCCACCGCCCGGCGCGGCCAUACGCCAGCCGCUCCCCGUCCGUCUCUGCACCCCGGGCAACUGCACGGGCUCCAACGGCUUUCUGGAGCUGUUCAACCGCACCACGCGCCAGUGGGUGCCUGUGUGUGACCGGCACUUCUCCGACCGCAACGCCGAGGUGGUGUGCCGCCAGCUGGGCCUCAGCGACGUGCACGUGCACGUGGCACGCGGUCAGAGGACAGAGUUCACCGAGCUGACGCUGCGCUGGGUCACCUCCUGGUCGGAGCCGAUCCAGUGCUCCGGCCAGGAGCGCCGUCUCGGCGACUGCCACCUGCGGCAGACCGGCCGGGAGCCGGACCCGACCGGCGCACCGUACGUCUGUGACUGGCUCGACCCGUUCGUGUUCGUCGACUGCGGCUCGCCGGUUCCUGUGGAGGCCGCCCGCGCCUGGGGAGGGGUCCGCUUCUCUCCGGGCCGGCUGGAGGAGGCGCUGCGCAGGCCCGAGGACGCGCCCCUCUCCGUGAUGCGUUAUGUGGACGUGGUGGGCGCCGGACGCCAGCACGGCCUGCCGUCACCAGCUGUCCUCUCCGUGCGCCGCGCGCCCGACGUGCAACACAUCCGCGUGACCGACAGCCUCGACGACGGCGUGGCGGCCGUCAGCCCCGAGCAGUCCAUGGAGCUGCUGUACCUCAGCGUCAGCGGUAACCUGGGCGUCGGCGUGAGCAUGGCGAUGCUGACCGGGGAGGCGCGCAGCGCGGGACACAGCUCGUUUGUGCCCGUGCAGAACGUGACACUGCCCUACAGCGUGUUCGGCAUGCUGGACGUGUGCGACUCGGUGAAGGAGGUGGUGGUGCGGGAGCGCGUGCUGCUCCACUACAGGUACGACGACAGACCGGUGGACUGCGUGAAAAUCUUCAAAUCGGCCGCCGAGGUGAAGACGCUAGGAUUCCGGCUACUGCAGUUCAACCUGGCCAACUCGAGCGACUUCCCUGACCUGGCUCCCGACUCGAUCCGGCUGUUUGACGGCGACAUCUGGAACGUGACGUCGAUCCUGAUGUCGGAGCUGACGUACGCCAGCGUCGCCGACAGCGUGCUCUUCCACACGACCAACGAGACGACGCUGAGCGUGCAGUGGCACUCGAGCGGCGGUCACAGCCGGCACGGCUUCAUCGCAGAGGUCGUCACCCUGCCCGUCUCCUCCAUCGGCUUCAGCCGUGAGGUGAUGCACAACAUCUCCUUCUCGGAGAUAUUCGAUAACGAGGGCGGCGCUGUGACGUACGUCGGUGCUGGCGAGAUCAACCCCACCGUGACCAUGGAGUGGAACCGGAUCACCAACAACGGCAGGCACAUGUACGGCAACUUCAGCACGGCCAGCGCCGCCGUCAGCAUGGACGUCCAGAACAUGCAGUACCUCUACUUCACGAACAACCUGUUGCGGUACAACCAGGGCGGCCUGCGUCUGCUGGCUGACUCCAGUGGUCUGGCCACGGCUCUGAAGGCGCACAUCAGCCACAACCUGUUCAGCGACACCCGGCAGCACCCGUCGCUGCUGGUGGAGGGCCGGCGUACAUCGCCCUACCAGGAGGCCAUCGUCUACUACAACUACAUCACAAGGGCCGACUGCUUCUACCGCGAGGUCAUUGAGUUUUCACAGGUUGUUACCAAUUUUACUCACAACCUCAUCUAUAACAAUAACGGCUUUCACACGAUGAAGGUGACUGGCUUUGAGCGCGUCCAUCUGCCCAUCUAUCAGAGUUUUGUGCGCAACAGCUUCUACGAAAACUACGCUACCGACGAGGAUAACCGUACCACCAUCCUGGUGAGCAGCGCCGGCCAGAGGUACGCCGAGAACGUACUGGUCAACGAGGACAACGACUACGAAAUGGCCACCAUCAACCGCACGCAAGAGGAGCUGAAAAUGUCCAACUACAGGUACGAGAUCUGGAAGACGCCGCUGGACGCUCGGAGUAACUGGUGGGGCUACAACGAGACUCGGGCCAUCCAGGGACGGAUAAAGGACAAACUGGACUUCCACGGCCUGCUGCGGAUCGACUUCAGUCAGUUCCACAUGAACAACUUUUCGCUGCUGAGCGACAAGUGUCCGCCCGGCUGGACUCUGGUCGACACCACGUGUUUCAUCUACGUGCCGGCGCCGAUGACGUUCGCCGAGGCCAAACAGUUCUGUCAGGGCGACAACGCGUCGAUGCCGUACCUGCAGCGUCACACGGGUGAGCUGAUCGGCUUCAUCCGCGGCCAGCAGCCGUUCUACAACUGGCGUCUGGACCGGGUGUGGAUGCAGCACCUGGACAUUGUGCAGGGCUGCAGCUACUUCGUACAGCAGCGGGUCGUCAGUGGACCGUGCGACCUGCACCUGCCCUUCCUCUGUGAAAUGGACCCGAUGGUGUACGCGGACCCGCUCUCCUGGUUCCGCGACCCGGCGGUGAUUGGCGUCAUUGCCGGCGCCUCGAUCGCGCUGCUCGUCCUGAUCAUCCUGCUGAUGCUGUGGGCGUUCAAAUCGCGUCACCGGCGCUCGGAGAAGCUGAUGCGCCGGCGCAGCGUGCGCAGCAGCGCGCGCAGCACGCGCUCGCUGGUGGCGGCCAGCAGGUCCGGCAGCGCGUCAGAUGUCAGCAGCGUCAGACGCACCAAACAGGCCAUGAGCCAGGGCUCAGAUGUCGCGUCGAGCGCUGGCCCGGUGGUACUGACGUCUGCCGGCACCGACGAGGAGAGCUCUACUGCCGAGUACGACGCUCGGUUCACCCCUCAGAGGACAGCGUUCCAGCACCCCUCCCUGGACACCCCGCCGCCGAGCGAGCCCGACUCUGACUCCGACUCGGCGCCGCUCUCCGAUCCUGACUCCACGGACUCACCGCCCAGAUUCGAGCCGGCCGCCGUUCCGGUCUCGCGCCAUCCUGCCGGCGGCUACCCUCGCCAGCCGGUCUCCGAGACCUCCCGCCAUCCUCCCGGCGGCUACCCUCACCAGCCGGUCUCCGAGACCUCCACUGAGUCCCAGUGUGCCGACAGUGGGAGCGGUAACUACACGGCCGUCCUGCCGCCGUCUCGGCCGCCCUACGGCCGCUCCCGCCGACAGCCGCCCGGCGUCGACCCCGUCUAUCAGAACAUCGGCCCCGUCUAUGAGAACAUGAGCGAGGUGCGGCGGCCGCCGUCGCCCGGCUCGCGCGGGGUGCACGCGGCAGUGUCGAUGGGCCAUCUGCCGCGCGGUAUGAGUGUGUACGCGGCCGGCGCGCCGGGACCUGACGAGCCGUUCCUUCAGGGCCGGACGCGCUCUCAGCCGAUGCUGGAUUUCCUGGAAACGGCUAUAUGACACUGUCGAGCGAUAUUAUCGGCCAGUAGAGGCCUGGAAGUGGUAGUUCGUGGUGGUAAAGCCGUGAGUUUGUUCGUCUGUGACUCAGGACACCGGAGGCGUUUUGUAAUGACUUGUGGUGAGCGCCGGGUGCCAACGAUCUUGAGCCGUCCUUAGGAAGGGCUGAAGAAUUGCGAGAUAUUGCUGAGAAUCGAAACUGGGCAACGAAACAAGUGUUUGUUGGGCUGAAGAGCAGCGACGCUUCAGUCAUUAAAGAUACUCUCGUUGUUAGUUUUUCAUGCUUAUCAACGCUUAUGAAGUCGUGGCCCUUCAUGACAUCACCAACGCCUUUGAACCACAAGCCCACCGCGCAACUACAGCAAACUUUCGCCAGCGUGUGAUCAAAUGAAUUUAUUCAUUCUAUAGUGCAGCAAUUUCCCGUGUGUUUCCAGCGUGUGUGUUAUUUCCAGCGUGGCCUAACACGGGCGAUCUACGCUGUGCUUGUAUCGAACAUUGAUGUGCUGGUAUAGCGAGAUUCCGAAGGUGAGACUGGCCAAAGACUGGUUACUCCUGGGCUACUCUUUACCAGUACUUUUAUACCAAGAACGCGUGCGAUUGCCAGGCCUGCCUGCUUUUGAGUGUUUGGAGUUGAGUGGCCAGUGAGGAACGUCCGGUACUUCAACACUGUAUUAUGCAUUUGUAGAAGGGUAGAUAAGUCAGUAACGUGCUUGUCAUAAACUUUACUACAUGAAGUGACACUGUAUUAUGUUAUAGAAAUGGGGACGGCAUGACAAUGGAUUAACCCGCGCCCCACUGGGGGGGGGGGGCUAUUUAUAGCCCCCCCUCCCGUUUUUCUGCAAUAACUUCCAAACCGCUUGACGGAUCGACGCCAAACUUUCAGUACCUUCGGCUGCAUCAAUUUGACACCUUGUGUCAAAAUUUGAACUUCGUAGCUACCAUAAGUCGGCCGGAAAUGACGUCAGAGUGACGUCAUGUUCGUCCGAUUUCGACGCAAAACAUUGAACCACAGCAAUCGCUCCCAAGAGCUCAGUUUUUAAGCUAGGUCCAAUUUCUUUGCAUGAAAGGACUCAGAAUUGACCGCGCUAUCAAACUGCUAUCUCGGAUUUUCAAAAUUUUGAAAAUUUUGAAAAUUUUAUAUAAUAACAUUCAAAAUUUAUAUUUUUAUAUUUUUUUCAAAAAAUUUUUGACUUUUCGAAAAAACCGGAAUAUAUGUGACAGAACGCAUGAUUAUGACUAACUCUAGCAAGUUUUAGCUAAAUAUCUUCAAAAAUGGCAAAGUUAUACGCAUUAUUGCAAAAAAAAUUCACAAUUAUAAAUUUUUCAAAUCAAUUUUUCAGUACGUAUUUGACAUCGUACACCAAUAUAAAUGGCACCAUCGUGUUCCUGAGCUCAAACUGCAUCCAAUAGACACCUUUUUUGUUGAAAAAUUUUUCAACUUCAAAAUUUGACCUUUUUUGACCUGAAAGUGACCUGACCUAAGCUAAAUUCGGCUCAAAAUGACCUCGAAUGACACAGAAGACAUCAAAUUCGAAAUCUGUGGCUUAAAUGGACCAUAAAACAUGUGUCACGUGACCGACGCAUGAUAUAAUAUUUCCGUGACCUGUGAUGACCUGACCCUGACCUGAAAAUCAAAGUACAAGUUUGGUACCCUCAAGGUAUCUAGAGCAUCUGUUCACGAGUGUGGAAACCAAAAAUGAGCCUGAUCUGACUUGUAAGACGGCGGCCAGAGCCCAAAAUGUGAACGAGCCAAAAUGCUAAUAAUUUUUACUUUGACCUGACCUGUGACGUCAUCGGUGACCUCGAGGUCAAUGAAAUUAGGUUUCGCUCGACAGUUGUUCCGGGGCUAUCAGACGCUGUUUGAAUUUUGACGAUCGGCCCAGUAGUUUCGGAGUUAGGAGGGGGGCUAUGAAUAGCCCCCCCCCCCCCCAGUAGGGCGUGUUAUACACAGACCCCAGUGGGGCGCGGGUUAACGAAUAAGUCUGUUUACUUAGUGCAUAAUGAAUAUGCUUUUGACAUGUGCUCUUUAUGUCUGUGAGGCUUAGACACUGCAAGAUGAUGUUAUGUAAAUAUCGAUUAUCAUUCAGCCUUUAGUUGCCCCAAACUAAGACCAAUCAAUUCAUGACAAGUCAUUGCCAACUCAGUCACAAGAAGAGCUUAAAUAAGGUGUUUUUUCGUAUAAGUUGCGUUUCAUGCAUCGCAUUGUGUGUGUUGAUAGAUGUAUUUGAUUGAUAUAGGAAUACUGGAAGUGUCUUUAGUGACGUGUAUGUUUUUGAAAACAAAAACACAUCGUAAAAAACAA